CGCACGCACACACCCCUUUAACAAGCUGCCGGACUAUGGCGCGUGCUCCCGUUCACUUCAGCUCUCUUGUCAACAUCUUCCCACAAAUGCAUUAAUGCGGAGCAAUGGGAAUCUCGCAGUCAUGGCUGUGCUACGAAGCGUCUCAGCGUUGCUCGCUCUGGCUGGAUUAAUCGCACUGGGUGAUGCUCUGAAGUGUAACUGCACAAACUGUGAAAAGAGUGGCUAUGAGUGUGAGACGGAUGGGGCCUGUAUGGCCUCCACCUCCUACAUUAAAGGCCAAGAGCAGCAUGUUCGAAUCUGUAUCCCCCGCGAGAACCUAAUCCCACCUGGACAGCCUAUCUACUGCCUGAGUGCUGAGGGGGUGCUCAAUACACACUGCUGCUACACUGACUACUGCAACAGCGUCAACCUCCAGGUUCCUAAUGGAGUUCCUUGGACUAAAAGCUGGCCAAGUUCGGGCAGUAGCUGGGGUCCAGUGGAGCUGGUGGCAGUCAUAGCAGGCCCAGUCUUUCUUGUCUGUCUACUGCUGAUAGUGGGUGUGUUCCUGUUCCAGCACCACCAGCGGGUCUACAACCACCGGCAGCGGCUGGACGUGGAGGAUCCUUCUUGUGACCACCUGUACCUGGCCAAAGACAAAACCCUGCAGGACCUCAUCUUCGACCUGUCCACUUCUGGCUCCGGCUCUGGCCUGCCUCUGUUUGUACAGAGGACAGUAGCUAGGACCAUCGUGCUUCAAGAGAUAAUUGGAAAAGGUCGCUUUGGAGAAGUAUGGAGGGGCAAGUGGAGAGGAGGGGAUGUGGCUGUGAAGAUUUUCUCCUCUAGAGAAGAACGCUCUUGGUUCCGCGAGGCAGAGAUCUACCAGACCAUCAUGCUCCGGCACGAGAACAUCCUGGGCUUCAUAGCUGCAGACAACAAAGACAAUGGUACAUGGACUCAGCUGUGGCUGGUGUCAGACUAUCAUGAGCACGGCUCUUUGUUUGACUAUCUGAACCACUACUCUGUCACCAUCGAAGGCAUGAUCAAAUUAGCGCUGUCGGCUGCCAGUGGACUCGCACACCUGCACAUGGAAAUUCUUGGCACACAGGGGAAGCCAGGCAUUGCACAUCGUGACCUGAAAUCUAAAAACAUCUUGGUAAAAAAGAACGGCACCUGUGCUAUAGCUGACUUGGGCCUGGCAGUUCGACACGAGUCUGUCACAGAUACUAUCGACAUUGCCCCCAAUCAGAGGGUGGGGACUAAAAGAUACAUGGCACCAGAGGUGCUGGAUGAAACCAUCAACAUGGAGCAUUUUGAUUCAUUUAAGUGUGCUGAUAUCUAUGCUUUAGGACUGGUGUACUGGGAGAUAGCAAGACGAUGUAAUGCUGGAGGCAUCCAUGAGGAGUAUCAGCUGCCGUACUAUGACCUGGUACCCUCUGACCCCUCCAUAGAGGAGAUGAGGAAGGUGGUGUGUGACCAGAGGCUGCGGCCCAAUGUGCCCAACUGGUGGCAGAGCUAUGAGGCGCUGCGUGUGAUGGGGAAGAUCAUGCGCGAGUGCUGGUACGCUAACGGAGCGGCCAGGCUCACGGCCCUGCGCAUUAAGAAGACUCUGUCUCAGCUGAGCGUGGAGGAGGAUGUAAAGAUGUGAGGCGCUCACAGGGUGCUGCAGCACCCCCUAUAGAGACGCACAAUCAGAGAGCGAAAGAUAAAAAGACUUGUUGAAAAGCCACCUGCCAGUUUUAGCCACAGUUUUAACGUUUUUAAAGUUGUGACGAGGACUACCUCACCUUUUUAGCCAAAACUACUGAGAAAAAAAGACCACUCCAGCCAUCCUUCCUUCCAUCCACUGGAUCCUAACCGGAAGCCCUCCAUCCAGUCCAGCCAUUUUCACUUCUUUGGCCUUUGGGUCAGCAUCCACCUCCCAGCCUAAACAUAACCCACCUACACUCCAUGGACUACUUAUUUAAUCUUUUUAAGGCAGGAAUUGUUAAUGAACUGUAGUAGGGUUCUUUUAUUGUUUUGUUUUUGUUUUGUUUUUGACCACUUUGAUAUAUUGCUCUUCAUAAUGGAUUAUGCUGCAUUAACAGCCGCACGUUCAUUGCUGUUUUCAAUCUAAGGGAGUUCCUUGGUAGGAGGAAAACAUGAUUUGAAUUGUUUUUAAUGUGAUUCAUGGUCACCAAACACAGUUACUGUACAAAAUGGCAUGUUUCUUAUAAGCAUUAAGCUCAACAUUGUUUUACAGUGUAUUUUUGCCCCAAUAUAUUUAUUUAGGUUAGAAUUUUGAUAUAAAACGUAGCUAUUGAGGACACUGUGAGAUGAGUUUGUUCAGGUUAUGACCAUUUCAUGAUUAUACUAAUCUGAGAAUAGUGAGCAUAGCAGCAGUCCUAGUCAGUUCAGUGCCGUGCGAAAACCAAGUUUGGCAAGGUAUGUAGCAUAACUAUGUUUGCGUGCUGUGCAUUUUUUUCUUUCAGCCACCACUGAUUUUUACAUGUUACCGGAAGAAAUUAGUCUGUAGUAUAUCCAAAAGGUCUUUUUCAGAAAGGCUGUUUUCAACUGCACUAUGAUUUUUCAAAUUGUUUUAGUGGGUUUAACAGUUAAGCAUCCUGUAAAUGGUUCAUGUAAAAUUGUGCAUUUCUCUGUUUGCUUAUUUAUAAUGUAGCCUUUCUAAUCUACAACUUUUUAUAGUCUGUUCCCAUUAUACAUUUUGUAGUUUUAAUUCAAGCCAUCUAGAAGGUACUACUGAAUAUUUGAUUGCAUAAAUGGCAUCUCUCCACAGCCUUGAAGAGAUUAUCCUCAUUAUCUACUCCAUCAGAUUUAUCCUGACCUAAAUAACUUCACGCACCAGUGUCCAGCACACUGUUCUAGCCAAAUUCAGGUCCCAAAGUAAGUUCUAGAAUAAUAACAUCAGUGUCUACACAAAUUAAAUGUAAGAAUCAGAGAAAGAACUAUGUUCCUUAUUAUUAUUGUUGUUGUUGUUGUUGUUGCUAAUGAGCCCAUACAAGAUUCUUAGCAGUUCUUUAGCAAAUGAAAAUGUUUGCGCAAUAGAUAUCCUCAAAAUUGUGCUGUCUAGCUGAAAACAUGGAUGGCGAUUGCAGCCUAGUAAAGUUUCCACAACAACGUUGCUUAAAGCUCUAAAAAUGUGACCGUCCUUUUUGUUAAGGUGCUCUGUGUCCAACACUGGGAUUUCGGUCUUGACUAAUAUAAGACAGUAGAGAAAGGCCGACUAGUCAGUUCCACUUCUAUUUAAAUCGCUUACUUUCACAACUUGGAAUUUGCUUGCUGCAUACUCUUCCAAUACUCCAGACAGCAGGAGAGAUACAGGAGCAGGUAGAUGUUAAGCCACCUAAUGGAAGAGCCACACUGGCAUGUAGACCAAAUGGCCAGUUAUGGUCCAUGUUUGGUAUGGUGGCAAGUCUUUCAGCUGUUCAGUCUGCAUUUCUAAUCAUGAUAAAUGCAACUCUCUUGGGAUUUACUGAAAUUGUACAUAAUACAUUUUGUUUUCUUA